CCUGGAGAAGGAAGGAGAGAUUAUCGUAGCUAUUCGGCUCCCUCCCUUGGUCAAGGCCCCAGCUACAGGCUGUAAUCCGCUCGUUGAGGGGAGUGUAGUGAAAAGAUUUCGCUCUUCUCCCCGCCUCUUCUUCAGCUUUUGGGGCUUGCGUCCGUAUGAAGUGGGGACAAUUAUUGUAUUUCUCAGGGAGCGCGCUUUUGUGAGUGUGAGUGUGUGUGUGUGGUGUGUGUUCGCGUGUUCGCGCGCGUGCGCGGGUGCAUUACUCUUCGUCCCCCCGGCGCGGCCGGGAUGCUCUGCUCCUGCUGUUGGUGCUCAUCAUGGAGACCAAACGAGUCGAGAUUCCUGGCAGCGUACUGGACGACCUCUGCAGCCGAUUUAUUUUGCAUAUCCCCAGUGAGGAAAGAGACAACGCUAUACGAGUAUGCUUUCAGAUUGAACUUGCCCAUUGGUUUUACUUGGAUUUCUACAUGCAGAACACACCAGGAUUACCUCAGUGUGGGAUAAGAGACUUUGCUAAAGCUGUCUUCAGUCAUUGUCCUUUUUUACUGCCUCAAGGUGAAGAUGUGCAGAAAGUUUUAGAUGAAUGGAAGGAAUAUAAAAUGGGAGUACCAACAUAUGGUGCAAUUAUUCUUGAUGAAACACUUGAAAAUGUAUUAUUGGUUCAAGGUUAUCUAGCAAAAUCAGGCUGGGGAUUUCCAAAGGGAAAAGUAAAUAAAGAAGAAGCUCCACAUGACUGUGCUGCAAGAGAGGUCUUUGAAGAAACUGGUUUUGAUAUCAGAGACUACAUUUGUAAAGAUGAUUAUAUUGAACUGAGAAUCAAUGACCAACUAGCUCGUUUGUACAUCAUCCCAGGAAUUCCAAAGGAUACAAAAUUCAACCCAAAAACCAGAAGAGAGAUUCGGAAUAUUGAUUGGUUCUCAAUUGAAAAGUUGCCCUGCCAUAGAAAUGACAUGACCCCAAAGUCAAAACUUGGUUUGGCACCUAAUAAGUUCUUCAUGGCCAUUCCAUUUAUCAGACCACUAAGGGACUGGAUUUCUCGAAGGUUUGGGGAUUCCUCAGACAGUGAUAAUGGAUUUUCCUUAACUAGUGGGACAUCAGCUAAAUCUAGUGUGGAGAAAAUGAGUAGAUCUAAAUUUCGCUACAACCAGCAGUUGUUUCCAGAUAAUUCUCCAAGUGACCAGUGGGUGAAACACAGGCAAUCACAGCAACAGAAGCCAUUUAGUAAUCAUUCUGACAUAUCUGAUCUUUUAAAAACAAAGCAGAAUCAGAAUAUAAGAGGAAAUGGCAGAAGACAGUAUCAAGACUCCCCUAACCAAAAGAAGAGAACAAAUGUAGUUCACAGUCAGCAGCCUAAGCAGCAGAACCAUACAUUGAAAUGUGAAAAGAAACUUCACAUAAGGAAACUUCAGGAUAAUUUUGAAACAGAUGCAGUAUAUGAUUUUUCUUGCUCCAGUGAAGACCAGCUACUAGACCAGGUGGAAGAGCAUUCUAUAGCAUGUAAUGGACACUGCAAGUUCAUGUUUUCAUCAAGAGCUUUUUUGAGCUUCAAGUUUGACCACAAUGCCAUAAUGAAGAACUUUGACCUUUGAGAGAGAGAAGUGUUUAGGAAGUCCCAGGAUCAGAGAUCUGUUGUCAUUGAGUGCUUGUCUAAUUAAGCCUUAUCUUUCUCAGGUGACAAAAAAAUACAGGAAGGCCAUGGUGUUCCUGAAGAGACUACUCUUUGCAAAAGAAUGGUGUGAAAAUUACUUGCAUUGUAAAUGCAGUAUAACUUUUAUACAUAAAUUUAUCUUUUCAGUGUUCUGCUCUACAGCUCAGCAUUUUGGUUUUGAGUGCCCUCUUUCUCUGUGGCUGAGGUGUUUUGUGUUCUGGGUUAAGAAAUAUAAUUAAUAUUUUACUAACAUCUUAGAAAAGUUUUAUGUCUAGGCAGAUGGCAGAAUUGGAAAGAAAUAUACCCAUUUUUUCUUUUUUUUGGGUGGGGGGAACUGCAAGAGAAUUAUAUAGAUUCUGCCUAGUAAUUACUGAUUUUUGAUUAUGAUUGCUUGAAGUGACAUCAACAUCUCAUCUGCUUUGGAGGUAUUUCAUAAAACUUUUCUACUUCCAAGUUCUUGGGCUGUUGAAAGCCUUAUAAAGGGUUUGUGAUGAGACAUUAUUGGAGCCUGAUAUCCAUGCUUAUGUUGAACUCCUGGCUCCUUUUUCUCAAAUCUUUAUAAUGUACUUCUUUGAGAUUUUAUACUUAGAAAAUAUAAGUUGCAUAGUUCGGUCCAGCUUUCUCUUUCCUUAAAGAAAAAAUAAUUUUUACUGAAGAGGAAAGAAUUGGAUUUGUGAAGAAUAGCAGUACUAAAAAUUUAACUCCUCUACUGCAUGUAUGAUGAGUCCUGUGAGGCUUACAGAGUGAGAAUUGAAGGCCUGUACACAGGUGCUGUUUUUGUCUCAUUCUCAUUUUAACUCUUAACUUUUUAUUUUAGUAUGUACUUUAGUUUUUUUCUUUGCUAUAAUUUUUUUCCCCUAAAAUAUAAUAUGUAUAUGUACAAAACCAAUAUUAUUGAAUUUUAUGUAAGGAUCACAUCUCAGAGUGGCUGUAUAGAAAUUGACGUUCUGUUUUCUAAUGGUAGUAGUGUGAUCUAGAGUUACAAAAUUAGACAUGCUCUAGUUCCUGGAUAAUGAAAUGAGAGAAGAGACGGUAUCUGUUUCGCUUUGACUCCAUGUAUGGUUAGGAAAUAAAAAGAAAAUAUUUUGUAAUUUCAUCUCAUUCUUUAAGGAAUGCUACUUCAGGAUUAUUGAGUCAUGUCUAAGUAGAUAAUAUGCAUUUUUAGUGAAAAUUUGACUUUAAUUAAGGACAAUCACCAGGGAUGAAGGUGCUUUAAUAUUUUGUGUCUGACCUCAAGUAUGACAUUUGUGUAAGACGGGUAAAGAAAGGAGAAGGAAUACUUGGGUAUAUGAGUACACAUGUUUAUUCAUACUUUGUUUGCUUUUUAAAACAUGCGUGGUAUCCACAAUCCCUAGUGCCAAAUCCUAUUAUAGGUAACUUUAAUUCUAUAUAGCUAGCCCAUUUAAAAGGAAUUCAAUUUAACCAGUAGAAUUUAAGAUAGGAGCUAUUUUAAUAAUCAUUCAUUGGCUUUUAAGUGGGAAAUUUCUAUUUAUUGAGGAAAGUUUUUGACCUCUUUAAUACUAGACAGGUAAGUGUUCAUUAACAUUAGUAUGUCUAGUAUUAAGUCAUCUAGAUGAAUAUAUAUUUUAAUGUGACAAACUUGUGAACUUCCACAAUUUUUAUUUAUUUUUUUAUGCUUUAGAUGAUUUUUCUGUUACUUUCUUAGAAAUAUUGUUUCUUUGCUUAGGUCUUCCUGAGCCAUAUUGUAUAGUUGGUGAGCAAUAUAUGAGCAAUAAGAGAAGAAAAUCUUGGUUUGCCCAAAAGGAAUUUUUUUCAUUGUAAUUCAGAAGCCAUUUUUAUUUUUUAAAGUUGUUUUAAUGCCUUGGUCAGUAUUCCUAGUGCCCUGGCACCAUUGUAUUUCCCCAAUCAGAAUAUUAAAGCAAAACAGAUCAGCAUUGACCAGAAAUGGAUUCUCCCUUAUUUAUCUAGUUAACAAACAUCUUCAAAAGCUAAAUAUCCUUUCUUAAUAACAAUACUUGUGCGCCUUUAUUUUGAUGUACUAUGAAACACAAUAAGGAUGGUAUAAUUAGUAUAGGAUUAUGUUCAUUUCAGUCUUGUAGCUUUAACUAGCUACAAAAUAGUUUGGGAUUAACAUACAUAAAUUAAAACUUAUUUCCUUGCACUCUAGGUUAAUCAGGUUUUCAGAGAUGAAAAUGUCCUGAGAAAGGCCAAAUUUAGCACAGAAACUGGAUUUCAUCUUAAUUUAGAGGAAAAUCCAAUAAAAUCUGUGCUAAAGAAAUAGUUAUUUACUUCUUUAUAAGUGUGUUGGAUUUCAGGAAGUUUGUUGAAAAAUACUGUUAUUGACUUCAUUUUUAAAAAUGCCUCCAUGAGGCAUUCUCUUUUUGAAUAUUAAAUAUAGUCAGCCUUAUGUGUUCUGAGGUACAAUGCACUGAGUAUAUUUUGCAUUUCAAAAAAAAAAUUCGUAGGUACUUUUAAUGUGUAAAUUUUAUGAUUUGAAGAUUUUAGGUUAAGUAUUUUAUAUUUAAAGUGUAUUCCAAAAUGCAAAAACAUUUUCAUGUUUCAUGUGAAGACAUGCCAGAUGAGUGAUUUCUUAAAUGAAGACAUACUUCUGUGAGAGAUGGGUAUUUGAGCAGGUGUGAGUGCCUAAUAGAACUAACUGUGAAUAAAUGAGUCCUUAGAGAAAUUUAAAGUUGUAUGAAAACUAAGAGGGUUGAGGAUUUUUUUUUAAUUUUUAAAUACUUCUGCUUCAUUCUGUAUUAAUAAAUGAAUUGUGAUGAUCACUUGCUUAUUUGAGCCUUUGCCAAUAAAGGCUUUUACUUUUCUACUAAAUAACACACAAAUAGUUGAUUUCAAAUGAUGAAAAUCUGUAGCAAAAGCCAUUGACACUGUUGGUAAAGCAUUUUUUUAAAAAAGGUUUCAGUAAUUUAUAAACUUGAAUAUUGGUACUUGGAAUCAUAAAGAUUAAAGAGUCCUGUUUUAAUUCAGCA